ACCUCAGGUUCCGCGGGGGGCGGGAGCGGCCGCGCGCCGGACAGCCCUCCCGGCCUAUGGAGGCGAGCGGCGGAGGGGCGGGCAGGCGGUGCCGGACGCUUGCCAAUGCCUGGGCAGCGAGGGCGGAGCUUGCUGGAGCUGCCGCGCCGGCUUCACACGGGCUCUCGGUAGCGCCAGAGACUGGGGCAGAGGCAGCUUGGGCUGACGGGACCUGCCGCCACUCGACAGCCGGCGCACAAUGGCUGACAAUAAAGCGAAGUCAACAAAACCUGUGCAUAAGACUCCUCCAAAGUCUCCUUCAGACCCAGCAAAGGACCGAGCAGCAAAAAGAUUAUCUUACGAUUUAAACAGCUCCUAUGAGGGAGCUAUGGCAGGAGAAAUAAGUGCUCUGGAAGAGGCCUUUAGAAAAUUUGCCAUCCAUGGUGAUACAAGAGCCACAGGAAAAGAAAUGCAUGGGAAGAACUGGUCAAAGCUAUGUAAGGACUGUCAUGUGAUAGAUGGGAAGAAUGUGACAGUCACAGAUGUUGACAUUGUCUUCAGUAAAAUCAAGGGAAAGUCUUCCAGAACUAUCACUUUUGAGCAAUUUAAGGAAGCUCUUCAAGAACUCUCCAAGAAGCGAUUCAAAGACAAGAAUGAUGAGGAAGCAGUUCAAGAAAUAUAUAAACUAAUUGAAGGAAAAGCACCGAUUAUAUCCGGAGUAACGAAAGCCAUUUCAUCUCCAACUGUAUCACGCCUUACAGAUACAUCAAAAUUCACAGGCUCUCACAAAGAGAGGUUUGAUCCCAGUGGGAAAGGAAAAGGCAAAGCUGGCCGAGAAGAUCUGGUGGAUGCUUCAGGAUACGUAUCUGGCUAUAAGCAUGCAGGCACAUAUGAUCAUAAAGUACAAGGAAGCAAGUAAGGCUGAAGGUUUACAACACAGAGGAGGAAAAAGAGAGGGCAAAAGAGAAUAUAUUUGUAAGAAUGAUGUAGAUUAAUCCCACAUGUUUUGGUUAUUGUGAAUGCUAAGACUAUGUUGUCAAGAAAUUUUCAGGAACUGGAACUGAUUUCAACAUCUGCUGAGCUACUUGCAGCACAAUGCCACUUCGUUACAUUCCUCAUGUGUAUAUUGGCAAAAAUAAAUGUAUUGGUACAAAAAAAUACAGCAUUUUAUUGAGCUUUAGAUAGAAAAACAGAACAAAAAAACCAACCACCACUACCAUAAAACAUCUAAGUCAAGACAAUUUUAUCACAUUUUGUCAAUUCAAGCAAAAGAUCUCAAGCAUUCCUAAAUGUCCAGUUGCCUUGAGGAUGUCAAACAGAACCUCUUGAAAAGAGGGUCUUUCAUAGCAGUCUUUCUGAAGAAUAUCCCAUUAUUUAUACAGUUUUAUUUGACUACUGUUUUGGAGCUUUUAAAAAAUGUCUUAUAUGGAAUCUGGCACUUUCCUUAAAACAUUCAACAAUAUACUAUUGGGGAGUAAGUGGUUGUAAAAUACAAGGUGCUAACCUGUGUCAUACACCACUCAUGAAAAACUGAAAAAAAAAAAAAGCUAUUUCUAGGACAAUAUAGGUUCUAAAGUAUUUUAUGUUAAUAGAAAGUAGUGGAAAAUAUUAAUACUUUCCUCCUGUCUAUACUUUGCUUUGUUACUGUGUGUACUGUAACAUAGUUCUGACUGGCUGGAUUUGGAUGGAGCUAUUGUACUAACCUGAGAGGUGAUGAAUGAGACAUUACCAAGAAAGUUUAUUAAAGCUUUUUGCAGUCUGUUUUCAAGUUUGCACUGCCUCACAUUUGAAAUGAAGGGGGCAUUAAGCUAAUUAAUGCUUUAAAAUAUUGGUUAUGACUAAACACUGCCAAUCAGUUUGCUUUUAAGUGAAUGUUAUUAAGCACAUACAUUGGCACAUAUUCCCUUUAAGCUCUAACAUACCUAAGAAAAGUUUACAACCCCUUGGAAUUAGGACAUUUACAAUUAAUAUCCAUGUAAUUAGGUGUAGUUUGUCCACAAAAAUAUGCUGUUAUAACCAGGAUACAUUUUAUGUUAGAUUUGUUUGAAGCCAGGGGAUUUGAUUCUCUGUUCACUUUUGUUGCCUAACUUGGGAGUAAUUGUAUUGAUAGGCAUGGCUUUCUGCUGCUAUAGAAGGAGAACUAGUUCUACGGGCUUAAGGUACAGGCAGCUGAGUGUGACCUGCCUGGGGCCCAGAAUGCCAAGCAGCUUAACAGGAAUAAAAAUAACUCAGUUUUUAUAGUGGUUAAAAAGGAGGGAAAAGGCUGGUCCAAUUUUCCGCAAGACCUGAACAAGUACUGUAAUGUAUUACUCUGCUUCUCUAAAACUAUGAAAGAUAAGAUUUUCAGUAUUCAAAAUCAGUUGCUAGCAGUUCUGCCAUGCUUUCUUUCCAAAAGAGCUCAUGCACUGAUUUUCAUGUUCAACUCUCAAUAAAGGUUAAUAAAUUUACUGCUCUCCCCCAAUCUGCAUCAGCAUCCCACUCAGAGCAUUUAAAAUGUACUGAGCACUGUGUGCUGUCAGUGCAGGUCAACAGGCUGUAUUUGGCCAAUGUCUGGAAACAGAGCACUGUUUUUUCAGCCCUUAAACUGUUCAUGUUUUGUUUUUCGGACAUUGAAUGGUAGCCUUUAUUGUAACUUUGCCUACAAUGACCCUUUGAGCCUAUACAUCAGCCUGAAACCAAAACAAUAAUAACAAAACAAAGGCAAGGACUUCCUUUGGACUGAGAGGUUUGUUUAUAAUAUAUUUGGGGUUUUGUUUUGAAGAGGGAUGGAAAUUUUCCAAAACUUAGGAUAUGUUGUAAAGAUUUAAAUGGAUUUUGCCAUGGUUGGCUCUGGUUACCUGGGAAGAUUUUUGAUGUGUAUAAGGAUGCUCAGGAUGAGAAUCAUCCAGAAUUGUGAAACCUUUCCAGGAGUUACCCAUUGUUCUUGAAGAAAAAUUUCCAUGGAAUUGAAGGAUUGUACAUUCCUGUGUUGCACUGGUGAACUGUCACACUCUGGGGCAGAAAAUAGCAUACUGUGAUGCCAACAAGGGCUUAAUUAUUCCAACAUGGUAAUUAAUUGUCUAAAUGUAGAGAACCUCCUUCUACAUCACUGGUUUCUGAGCACCUGAAGAAGACUCUGGGAUAUUCCUGUUUUUUUAUUAAUAAGAAGGCUAAGCCUCUAACCCUUGAUAAAUCCUUCAGCUAAGUGACAGACAAAACCAGUGUCUGUAUUCUUCCCAUUGACUUUUAAGACUUUACUUGUAACUCACUGGUACCUGAAAAUACCUGGACCCAGCCCAAAUGAGGGGUGAAGUGCAGCCUACUGGACUACAGCCCUUUCAGCACACUGUUGAUCUGGCUGUUGCUAGCUAGCUGCCUUGUUUGGCACAUCAGGUGAUACUUAACCUGAGGUUCACAAGUAACAGGCUUUCUCAGGUACGCAAAUACUGAGUGUCAGUAAUGCCAGACUGUUGCUACUCAGGAGGAGUGAUUGGCUAGGAAGGUUUUAAGGUAUAAGUAGGUCUUAAGUUGCUAGUUCAUGGUAUGAGAGAGACCAGUACACUCUAAGAUAGAAGACAUACAAAGGAACUGAGAAUGUGGACAGAUCCAAGCUGACACAGGCUAGAAAUUGAGCCACCCUGUUUUGCUUAGAAGAGACUGAUGAAACUACCUAGAUUCUGUGAGAGUUUACUUUGCAUUACUUGUACAGUAUAAAAUCCCUGCCGUGAACCAAAGUACUUUGUUUGGACCUUUGAAAUACUUCGAAUUGGCGUAGUAAGCUUUGGAUCAGGUACCUGAGAAGAUGCUUCAGAUAGCAGUAUUUUAUUUUGAGGAGCAUACCUCUUUGUUUCUUCUUAGUUUCUACAGUUAGAUAGUUUUAAAACUCAAGCAAAUAGAUGCAUGGAAAGAGGUUAUUCUGAUAUGACAGUGAUAAAGGGAAAUAUUGGCUGGAAAGAUAGUACUUUUGAAAGAUUUUUCACUUUUACUACACUUGGUGUGGAAGUUAAGGGCUGUGAAUAAAAGCAACAUAUGCAGCUGUGUAUUAGGAGUGCAGCCACCUGUUUAAGCUCUUACCUUUCCGCUAAUAUCUGUAGAAAAUUAAAAGCCUAAAUACUAGCUUGAAUGUUAGCCAUAAGUUCCAGUCCUGCUUGGAAACAAGGCACAGUACAUUUUAUUGUUCAUCUGCCAUUUCCUCAACUCAGGACAGCAAGUACAGCUGGUACCACAGAAAUGAUGGGAAGGGAUAGCUCAGGCAGUACAGGAGGUGACCCAUUUUCUACCCUUGAAGUGUUGUAGAGCAUAUGCUCUUCCUGUGCACCAUACUCCAGAUUAAGUAAAUGUCACAUCUGAAGUAAGGACAUGGGUACCUAAUAAGGUUUACACUGCUUUUUUUCAGGCAUCUCAACUCAUUAAAUCUAACUUUCCAAUCUAACUUUCUAGUCUGAUUUUCAGCAUCUUAUAUAGCACUUUUUUAUCUGACAUCUUCUAUAAAAUCCUGUUGUUCCUAAUUAUCUUUGCAUUAUUGCUGAACAGGCUAUCAAAAAAAAGGUGAUCAGAAAAUUCAGGAAGCUUUUAAGAAAAACUGCCUUAAAGAACAAACUCAAAUUAUACUGUUCAUUUAAAAUUAAACCCUUAAAUACUAUGGCAGUACACAAUCUUACUGUAUCUCUACUGAGGCUUAAAUGACCAUCAAAGCCUUUGCAAGACGGUGGACAAGAAAUAAAAAUCCUCACUGAGGCAAAAGAAUAGUCUUGUUUUCUAAAAAUAACCUAGCUUUUAACUAAAAUAUGCAGAAGUCAAAUAGGAUUUCAUUCUAUUGCUUGCUUACUAGUUCCAUCUAGUUACUCUAUCUGCUUUAGUUACUUGUCGAGAAUUUUGCAACAAUCUUACCAAUAUGGAAAUGUCAGAAACAAAAAAUUAUUGUCCUGCUUUUUGUGACUAUCAAUGCCAUCACAAUAGGGUUACUGAGAAUAAGCUAUUUAAAAUUGUACAUUUUUCAACAGUCCUGUGUGAACUGUUGUCACUAAUUGUAAUCAAAUAUUUGGAUUCCCAAAGGAAAUGUUGAACAUUGCACAGUGACCAAGAUCUAGCCCCCGUUUUUUUCUUUUUAAACCUACAGUAUUUCUGAUCUCUUUUUCACUUUCAAUAAGGGAAAGGGAGAUGUCAAAACUACUCACACAUCACAGCCUGUGUUUUUUGUCAGCAUAGAGAUUGUCCUUCAAAGAUAUUUUGGAUUGAAGUGUGAUAUUUUCUAUGUAUUUUACUUACUUUACCUAAAUUAAAAAUUCCUCAGGCAACUUUUUGGCCUCUGUUAAUGAACUGGCUUUUCAGCCACCCAUAUUUUUCCUCUGUUGGCUCAAUUAAUAUUUUCUAUGGUAGCUAGAUUUAGUUGGAACUAAAAGGCAAAUGACUGCUAUGGAUUUGGUUUGCAAGUGAUAAGUAUCCCAAACAUCUGUAGAGAAAAUCCUCAUGUAUCUUUUUGCCAAACCAAAACUUUAGGGUUGUAAUGGAUAAUUUUUUCCUAAGGCCUAUCAUAGUUAUAAAAGAAAUGUUAAUUCUUUGUGCCUGCAUGUAUGAUAUUCAAAACAUAACCACGCCUUUCAGUGAUGCAUGUGUUCUGGGAGCAUGUGCCUGUCAUCCAUGAAUAAGAAUUUGUUUUCACUGGCCAAGAAAGAAAUCUUUUACUUUCAUGAUAGAGCAAAUGUACCAGUACAUGUCCUCUUAACUAUAUUAGCCUUGGGUGCGUGCCAAAAUAACUACACCUUUGUGUAAACUGUUUUUAGUGUGAAUAUUAUGUUCUUGGCUUGUUUAUUAGUUGGUAAUGAGUAAUGUAAUACACAAGGCUUGUACAGAUUUGUGUGUGUGUGUACACAUACUCUUUGGAUCCAGCUAAGUAAACUAUAUAGAUUUUGAUCCAAACCGCAACUCUUAUUAGGGCCAGACUCCAGUCCUGCAGCCAGUACUGUUCAGCUUGGCCAGUUGGUGACACUGCCAUUCUCCCUCCAUAGUAUGAAGGUAAAGAUCUAAGGAGGCUUUUAUGUUUUUACAAGUCUACCAUGUUCCUAUUUCUGGGGUAAAUCACUUUUCAGUGGUUUUGUCAUAGACUUAAUGUGACAAGAAGAGUCUCUCUUAUAGUGAGGAACUAGGAGAGACAGUGUCAGGGUGAAAGCAAGAUUUCCUCUGAGUGCUUUCAAGAGACCAUUUAAACUUAUGCACUGCAUAGGUCCUAUAUUUUCCCUUGCCCCAACUUCGUGAAGCAAGUUGACACUUACCUAUGUGUGCACACAGUUCAUUCAUCAUCAGUUAGUAAGUACAAAGUCAUGGUGUAUUGAGGUGGGAACAGGAAACAGGACUGGUUUAAAAUGCUUAUGGACUUGAGUCUUACAUAGACCUUUAUGAAAUUAAAUAUCUGAAGCAUAAUGACAGAUCUCAAACUUGUGUGAAAUUCUCAGAGUCUGGAAUGCCUCAGCUUGAUACAUGUGUACCUCCUGUAUUUGGAGUGCUUGCCCAUAAAAUACCAUUUAGUCAUUUUGUGCACCCAGGUGCCCAUUUGGCUUACCUAAUAUAAGCUGGAAAUAAUGAACUGGGAUGUUCUUUUUAAGUCUUCAGAAUCCUAAAACAAGUGAAAGACCUUUAGUUGCAUUCAUGCUGCAUGCUUGCUUAUUAAACUCAAAAACAGUGCUUUGAAAGACGUCCCAGCUAAGAACGGUGCAGAUAGAACCUCCACAUCUUAAUUCUCCAAUUUUUUUUUUUUUUUUUUUUUUUUUUUUUUGUGGAGAGAAACUGCAGUAAUAUAUUUGGUAUUUUUUAAUGGUUUUCAAUAUAUUAACUUGGUGUUAUUGCUUCAAAAUCCCUAUGGAGAAGGUGGAUUUCAAAAAAAAAAGCCUCUUUGCUGGUAUUCUUGACAGUCAUCUGCAAUACUGGUAGUCUGAUUUUUUUUUUUUUUUUUUAAUAAAUUUUCUUUUGUAAUCAUACACAUGCACAUGCCCUACUUUGGGGCAUGUACAUACAAGUGAGUGGCAAGACUACAGAAGAGGUUUUUUUAUUUUAAUACCUUACAUUUGGAAAUUAACAUUGAAAUGCCCAACUGACUAACCCGAUUUGGAAAAAUGUUAAGCACCUACCAUAUUCCAUUGCAGUGAAACAGCCAAAGAAUUAAUUUUCAAAUAUAGUUACGCAGCAUCUCUUUUUGUGAAUUACUGUAAAGCUUAUGGCACUGUAGGAAGUGAGUCUUAACACUCAUGGUAAUUUGCCUUUACCUUCAGUUGUCUUUAUUCAAGGUUUUUCUAUUACUUUGCACAUUUUUAGAACAGAUCACAAACGUUAAUAAAGUUGCAUUCAAGUUAAUUACAAAUGUAGCCAUAAAAAGAUACUUCAUCCAUUUUUCCAUUUUGAUGAGGAGCUAUAUUAUGGAUGAUCAACAAGAUAAGGAAAAAGAUGGCAAUCUUUAUCCCCACAAUGCUGAAUUAUUUUAAGCUCCAGUUUACAUCAGAUGAGUUUCUGUAUGCUUGCAUUUGCUCAAAUGCUAUUUUUAAACAAAGUAAUUAAAUAAUGUGAAAUAAUGCAGCCUGGACGCUGUUAAAUAGGGUUAUAUUCAUGCAACUGAAAUGCUGUAUUUCUGUAACAUUAAUGCUGAAUAUAUACUAGGUCUUUACAAAGGCUUUGUGUAAGUUCAGUUAACCUACAAACUCUGAUGUCCUGUGUAAAAUCCUGAUAGCAAACUACAUUUGUUAGCCCCGUAGUGUAUGAAGUGUCAAGGUCAUAGACAAAAACAAGUUACAGGAUGAACAAAAGUGUGUUUGUGUGCAUCUUUGUGCUGCAUUCAGAAUAUGUCAGCUUUGGCUAAUUAUUGCAGCAGGAAAAAUGUUUUGUAUAACGUGUAUAAUACAAAGUAAUUUGUCUUUACAUCCUGUAAAGCAGAGAAAUAGUGACUGUUGGAUAAGUAUAUUGAAGUUUAUUCUUAGCAACGUUUUAUGUUUCACAGAUUUAAAUAUUACAGGAGAAAUAUAUAUUUAUACGGAAGUAUAAUUUUUGAAUGUUUGAGGUUGGUUUUCUUCAGUCGUGAACCAUUUAUUAAUCCAUAUUAUGCUUUAUUCCUUUGCUAGUUUGUUUAUCUGUCCAUGCUAUUCCAACAUCCAUUUCUAACUUGAUUUAGAUGUUUUGAUGCUUUAUUUGCACAAAUCUGGAUGUGCAUGCCAUCAGGACAUGAUUAUAAAGUGUAGAGGCAAAACUGUUUUGUCUUUGGUUACCUAGAGCACUAAUAAAAAUUUAAUUGUUAAAUAAUGGUAGUAUGUAGAUAGGUCUUGUCAUAGUCUUCCUUGGAACACUGUACAACAUGAUAGAAACCUUCAGUGAAUCUUACUGUUUCUUGUUCUUAUUUUCAUUUGUCUUUCAUCUUGGUCCAGAAAACCAGGAAGCUGCUGUGUGCUAAUAAUUACCUGUAAUAUUUAUAAUUGCAGGCAUUGCAAACAUUAAUAUUCAGCUGUACUGGCCUACUGUGUUCACUGUGAAAUUUCAACACGGUAAAAAUUUUACAUGAUCAUUUAACCAUGUAAGUUUACUUUUUUUUCUUAGAAAUUUAACACUGAACUUUUUGUUUUCCUUAUUGCAAAUGAACAACUUGAGCAUAGUAUUUCUUAAUCUUAACUAUAAUAGAUAAAUAUAUCUUAAACAAAGAUUUUUUAACCACUUGACGAAGGGGGCCAGGCACCAUCCAGUGCAAAGCACACUGAGCAAAAUCUUAUCCCCACUGCAGUCAGUGCCAAAAUUCUAACUGGUGUUAGCAAAAAUGGAACCAUCACUACCAAGGGGUUAAUAUGCUUAGUAACCAUGACAAGAGGUUAUGGGGGAGCACAACAGUGAUUCUCUCUUUCCCUAUUUUUGUUUCUGUUAAUUUAAAACUACUACUAUUCAAUCUUUAAAAUAAGAAACUUGAAGGGGGGAUCAUAUACUACUAGUUUGUACUAGUUUUUUUCAGGAAAAGGAAACAAAUAUAUAUAUAUAUAUAUGCAAUAUAUUUUUACACUGUUUAUUAAUGCUAGAAAGUAUUAAAUGUAUCACUUUAUCAGUGUGAAUGUUAAAGUAAUGACAAUGUUAUGGAUGUUUUAAACAUUUAAACAUUUGAAGUUGUCUUGUUAAAUUCUAAACCCACAUUAACAAUGGAAAAGCUACUUUGUCUACAACAUUAUUGUUGAUACUUUAUGGAAAAGUUCAAGUACAGCAGUUGUUUGGUUAGCACUGUAAAAGCUUGGCUUUAAAAGUUGUAGUGAAAUCCAUAUUAUAAACAACAUUUUUAAAAGCAUAGCUUCUCAUAAAGUAUGUUACUGCUGUUGACUGACUGUAUAAAAUGGUAUCUUUAGUUGGUAAAGUGAUCAAUAAAUGUGUUACUACAUCA